AUGAUCGUCGUGAUUAAGGUAGACGUCCUGCGUCAUGUAGUCUUGUUCAACAAGGUAGUCGUCGUUAUCCAAACAUACUCCAUCUUCUGUCUCUUCUACUUCAUCGGAGGCGUCGUCUUCAUCGGAGGUAUCGUCUUCAUCGGAGCUGUCAUCUUCAUCGUCAUCAGACGUGUCCUCUUCUUCAUCAUCCGAAGUGUCGCUAUCGCUGUCGCUGUUUCCGGACCAUUAUACCUCUUGUUCCACUUGUUCCACUUCCCAGACGGCUUCUUCGCCUUCAAGUAUUGCCUGCUCAGGUCCAUGGAUCUUCAUGCAUGCAUAUUGGUCUCCGUAGAUGCAGCAGUCCCAACCAAAGUUCGCGGGGGUGCCCUGUUGGUCAAUACCGCCAGCGGAGUUGUGAUCUUGGUAUUGCAUGUUGAAUGUGUGCGUAUAAUCAGGAUUGAGGUGUAUGUUGUAAUUAUAAGCUGA